AGUGAAGACACGAAGUAAUGAACGACACGUGAGAUCACGUGACACACGACACACAUGGCGUCCAUCAGCGACAUCGAAGACCUCGGAAGGAGUGACACAUUCCGCGCCAAUCGGUCCCAAGUGGUCGCGAGGGUCAAGAAGAAGUCGCUGUCGUUGUCCACGAAGUCUGAAGAUAGUGACGAAGACUUGGAGGCCAUACGAGUCGACAGUUUUAUUCCCAAUAAAUACCGCAUUUAUCUGAAGACGUGGGGCUGCGCUCACAACACGUCUGACGAGGAAUAUAUGGCCGGACUUCUGGCCGCUUAUGGCUUCCAAUUGGUCUCAGAGCCAAAGACAGCACAUCUCCUGCUCUUGAAUUCCUGUACUGUGAAGAACCCCAGCGAAGACCACUUCCGCAACGAAGUCCAGAAGAGUUUGAAUGCCGGACAACACGUUGUGGUCUCGGGAUGUGUCCCACAAUCAGCUCCAAAACUCGAUUACAUAAACCGGUUGAGUGUUAUCGGUGUCCAACAGAUCGACCGAUGCGUGGAAGUGGUCGAAGAGACUCUUAAGGGGAAUAUCGUUAGGCUUUUGGGCGUCAAAAAAGAGGGCAAACGAAAGACCGGCGGUUCGUCUCUUGAUAUGCCGAAAGUGAGGAGAAAUCCGUUGAUUGAAAUCAUAGCCAUUAAUACGGGAUGUCUUAAUGAGUGCACGUAUUGCAAGACACGACACGCCAGAGGAGUAUUAGGCAGUUAUGGCAUCGAAGAUAUCGUUCAAAGGGCACAGAAGUCUUUCAGAGAUGGAGUCAAAGAGAUAUGGCUGACGAGUGAAGAUACCAGCGCUUAUGGCCGAGACAUCGGCACUAAUUUGCCUCAACUCUUAUACGCGUUAAUAGACGUCAUUCCCGAUGACUGUCGGCUCAGAUUAGGUAUGACAAAUCCGCCCUAUAUUUUAGAGCACUUGGAGGCCAUGGCAGCUAUUUUAUCGAAUCCCAAAAUCUAUUCAUUUCUUAACAUUCCCGUUCAAUCGGGAAGUGAUUGCGUUUUGGUGGACAUGAAGAGAGAGUAUUGUGUCGAAGAUUUUAAUAAAAAUUGUAAACUUUCUAAAAGCAAAGUUAAAACAGACGCAGACUUUGAGGAGACCGUGAAUUUAGUGAAGAAAUAUAAAUUUCCGUCGCUUUUCAUAAACCAAUUCUAUCCGAGACCGGUAACACCGGCCGCCAAAAUGAAACGUCUGCCCAAUUCUGAGGUCAAACAGAGAACAAAAACUUUGAGCGAAUUAUUUGCUUCUUAUAGACCCUAUGAGAAGAGAAUCGGAAACAAAGAGACAGUUUUGGUAACCGAAGAGUCACACGAUAAGUGCCAUUACGUCGGACACAACCGAUUCUACGAACAAAUACUGGUCCCCAAAGACCCGCGAUAUUUGGGUCAAAUGGUUGAUGUGGUGAUCACGGGCUCGGGUAAGCACUUCAUGAUGGGUUCGCCCGUUCGCCACAAUCCGCUCUUUGCGAGGAAACUAUUCUCCAAAUUGAAGUCAAAGUGCUUUUGCUUGUCUUCCGUUUGGUUUUAUUCGUGUUUUCUUAUAUUGUUUUCGUCUCUAAUGAUUAAAUUUUUGCCACAUUUUUCCGUUUAA